GUUAGAUACGGGCUGCUGAUCUUGCUUUACCUGUUAGAGAAGCAAAGCCUAAUGUGUUGUUUAAAAAAGAGCUCAUUACUAGCUAAUAUAUAGAGAGAGUAUCAAGGAGUACUAGCUAUAGAGUGGUGUGAAUAUAUACAUAUACAUAUACAUAUAUAUAUAUCAUCAUCAUCAUCAUCAUCACAUAGAAAAGAAUGGGUGAAGAGGUGAAGAUGAGUGGUGGGUGUGAAGAGUGGAAGCCUUUUAUGGCAAUGGUAGUAGUCGACUUUGCCUUCGCCGUGCUGAAUAUUCUUCUAAAGAAAGUGUUAGACGAAGGAAUGGAUCAUUUGGUUCUUGUCACGUACCGGUUGUCCAUAUCUGCCAUUUUCUUGGCCCCAAUUAGCUACUUUUGGGAAAGGGAUGCUAGACCAAAGCUUACAGUUCGCAUCUUAUGCUACCUAUUCCUAAGUGCCAUUGUUGGGGCAUCUCUAACGCAGUACCUGUUCCUCAUUGGAAUUCAAUACACAUCAGCCACUUUCGCAUGUGCCUUUGUGAACAUGGUGCCUGUCACCACAUUCCUAAUGGCCUUACCAUUUGGAUUGGAGGCAGUGAACAUCAAAUGCAAUAGUGGGAGAGCCAAAAUAGUAGGAACAUUGGUGUGCAUAGGAGGUGGGGUUACUUUACUACUGUACAAAGGAGUGUCUUUGUUCGAUAGCAACAACCACACACAUGCUGCCGUAGAUAGGGCCAUUACUAAACUCAGCUCGUCUAAGAAGACAGAGAGAUGGAUGCUUGGGUCAAUAGCUCUAGUGAUGGGAACUCUGUCAUGGUCUUCCUGGUUUCUUUUGCAAUCAAACAUAGGGAAGAGAUAUCCAUACCAGUAUUCGAGCACCGCCAUCAUGUCCUUCCUUGGUGCCAUUCAGUCCACCAUCUUGAGCUUGUGCACCGGCGGUAACCUCUCGGUGUGGAUUCUAAAAGGGCAGCUGCAAAUUAUAACCGUCGUGUUCGCUGGGAUGGUAGGAUCAGGGUUGGGGUUUGUCACCAUGUCAUGGUGUGUAAAGAAAAGGGGUCCAGUCUUUACAGCUGCCUUCAGUCCACUUGUUCAGAUUAUGGCUGCCAUGAUAGAUAUCCCCAUUUUGCAUGAGAGAUUCUACCUUGGAAACUUGAUAGGAUCUGUUGUUGUAAUCAUCGGGUUAUAUAUCCUUCUCUGGGGUAAAAAGAAAGAAAUGCAGAAUUUUGCUGACAAAUUAGCACAAGAAGCUGAAGAGAACAAGAUACCGGAGCCACAAUUACAGGCUAUCACAGUUUCCAGUGACUCACGCCAUUCUUAAAUCCAAAAGCAGCACUGUAAAUGCACAUGAAUCAACUUGCACAUUUCCAAUGCCUCAAUAAUACAAGCAGUUCCCACUGUCCUCUACAUCUUAAGUUGGAGAAGCUCUCUAAUAUUCUUUAAGUGGGUCAUGUUAAUGUAGUUUUUUAAGGGUCCUUUGAAUCAAAUUCAAACUAAUAAGAUA